CAGCGCCAGACAUCAUUUUCCAAGAGUUUAGUGUUUCGCCCGUGUUUCCGAGCUCACAUCGCAGUCGACAGACAGUGGGCAGGCCGGAUGCUAAUUUGGUUCAAUUCCCUGCAGAGUGAUUUUAAGCUUCACAUGUAUCGCAGUGCUACGGGUGGAGGCGCCUCUGUCCUACAAACUUUAUGGAUUCCGCUACAAACGUGUAAUUUUGAAAUACGCUUUGUAUUUGGCGUUUAAAGGCCAUUUCACUUGUACACGGGAUCUAGACAAUUAACUGAAAAAAAAAUGAUUCCCCGAACGGGUGUGGGCUAUGGGGUGGAGGUCUGAGGCAUGGCCUGGUUCUAGCCCCCCUGGGUGAACAACACCCAGUAGCCCUGAGAUGAUGAGUGGCCCUCCGCCCUGGCACUCCUCUAAGUGAUGAACACCCCUGCCAUCCUCCUCCUCAUCCUGUCUGUCCUGUGCAGAACUGUGCUUGUGUCAACGAAGUCGGUGAAGCACACAGUUGAGGAAUGGAACAAAUACAGGAGCGAGUGCCUGCUGAGAAUGAGCACGGACCCCACACCCCCAGGCUUAUUCUGCGGCCGCAUGUUUGACAUGUACGCCUGCUGGCCGGAGGGCAUCCCCAACACCACCGUUAAAGUGCCCUGCCCGUGGUACCUCCCCUGGUACAACCAAGUUCGUAAUGGAUAUGUGUUGCGGGAGUGUGGGCCUGAUGGCCAAUGGGCCAUUAACAACACCAGUAGCACCUGGAGGGACCACUCCCAGUGCAACGCAGACAAUAACCAGCAGGUGGCACAGGAGAACCAGAUGGUGAUCUUGGCCUACUUCCGGGUGAUGUACACUGUGGGCUACUCUCUGUCCCUGGCCAGCCUUUCCCUGGCCCUCAUCAUACUGCUUAUCUUCAGGAAACUAAGGUGCACCAGGAACUAUAUCCACACCAAUCUGUUUGCGUCCUUCAUCCUGCGAGCCAUAUCCAUCCUCACCAGAGAUGCUGUUCUCACCAGGGGCACCCCCGAGUUCAGAGACAACAGAGACGUGUCCAACGCCCUAAGUGAUCAGGCUCUCUCUGGCUGCCGUGUGGCCCAGGUGCUGAUGCAGUACUGCGUGGGGGCUAACUACUACUGGCUGCUGGUGGAAGGCCUGUACCUUCACAACCUGCUGGUGCUCAUGGUCUUCUCUGAGAACAGCUACUUCUGUGGAUACCUCUUCAUCGGCUGGGGUGGAUACACACGCACACUCACACAUACAGAUGGACACACACACACAUAUGAUAAAUUAUAUAAAUGCUGUUUCCUGACAGUAAUGUAUGGGUUUAUGACACUGUGUGUAGGAACCCCAGUGUUAUUUGUGGUCCCCUGGAUUAUUGUGCGGUACCUGUAUGAGAAUGCACGGUGCUGGGAGAUCAACGAGAACAUGGCGUACUGGUGGAUCAUCCGCACACCCAUCCUCCUGGCCAUUCUGGUCAACUUUUUCAUAUUUAUUCGGAUCAUACAGAUCCUUGUCUCCAAAUUAAAGGCGCGCCAAAUGAGGUACACAGAUUAUAAAUUCAGGUUGGCUAAGUCCACUCUGACCCUCAUCCCUCUCCUGGGCAUCCAUGAGGUUGUCUUUGCUGUGAUGUCAGAGGAACAGACAGAGGGCAUCCUCCGAAAUAUCAACCUCUUCUUUGAACUUUUCUUCAAUUCUUUCCAGGGUCUCCUGGUUGCCAUCCUGUACUGCUUCGUCAAUAAAGAGGUGCAGUCAGAGAUAAAGAAGAAGUGGCAGCGAUGGAAGCUGGGCAUGACCGUCCUGGACGAUCUUCGCAACACCGGCAGCAACACGCCACAGGGGGGCACCGGCGGCGGGCAGUGCCACCACGACCCGCCCUGCCAGCCUGACUGUCCACAGGAGGAUAUCCACAACCUCUCCUCGGACGCCUCCGCCUCGGAGCCGCAUGCCCACCCGCGCCCACACCACCACCCAGGGGCCAAGAAGGGCAAGGCCUACUGCUACAUUUCCGCCCGCAAGCAGGUGCUGAACGGCCUUGAUGGAACUCCGCUGGGCAACGGGGGAGGAGAAGGAGCCAUCAAAUACUCUGAGAGCUACUGCUGAGUGGCCCUGUUGGGGGCUAACGAGGGCUAACGAGUAGCUGGCUACCUUUGUAAUUUCUAGUGAAAGGAAUCCGACCCAGACAAUCACCUGCUUCCGAUUCAGUUGUGUACUUCCAGAUCUAUGUGGCCUACUUGGUGUUUCGUCGAACCCAUGUCUUAAUAAUUGUAUGAACAUGAUCCGGGACUCUUUGGAUGAUUGCCAGAAUGCCUUUUCUGCACUGUGUGUUGUGCCUCCUAGAGGCUUCCAGUGGCAGAUAAGAUGACCCAUCCCAAGUGAAAUAUCGCCUCAAUCGACCCAGAUGUUGAGGAAAGCUACUUAAAUUAGGAAAUGAACACCGUCCAACCCUUAUCUGCUCAGAUUUUACUGUUUUGGGGGGUUUGCCUCUUUGUUCUCUACCUCUCGCUCUACUUGUGGACAAAGUGGAAAAGUUACGUACCAACCAUGGACCGUCUUUUCAUGUGCAAUGGAUAUUAUAACAAUAGUGUGUUUUAUAUGUUGGUAUUGGAAAAAGUCUCUGUGAGUGACUUAGAAAAGGCAAGAGGUGAGCAAACCAAUACUGUCUUCCCCAGUGAGUUAGCCACACACACACACACUGGUUUCCCUAGGCAACGCUGUGUUUUGAAUUCCUCUCACCCAACCGUUGAAAACCUCUCAUGCCCUUUGCUCUCUAGCCAUACGUUUAUCGCAACCUUAUAGUCGUAGCUGAAUACAGUGAGCAAAGGAACCGCGCUCUUACGCAAUACCAAUAUCAUAGACCUGACUCCUGCAAAAUGACUCGAGGCUGAGAAAGACAGGCACGUAAUCAGAAACAUCUAAGGAGGGUUCGAUCACAUGCACUAUAUAGAAGAUAACUAGCAAGAGAUGUAUUCUUCAAAUGGAGUCAGUGGGGGAAGGGGAGUUCCUUUACUGCGCUGUCUAAAGGGGUUGAAUGAUUUGUAAUGUCCUAUUAACAUAGUGAAAACUAUCACAGAAUGGAAGGUGACCAUAAUCCAGAGGUCUUUUAAGCGCUGUAUCUAUACGCCACAGGAGGUUGGUGGCACCUUACUUGGGGAGGACAGGCUCAUGGUAAUGGUUGGAGUGGAAUAGGCGGAAUGGUAUCAAAUAUAUGAAACACAUGGUUUCCAUGCGUUUGAUUCCAUUCCAUUUGCUCCGUUCCAGCCAUUAUUAUGAUCCGUCCUCCCCUCAGCGGCCUUGGUGCAGUCUGCGGCACCUUCUGUAAUAUUCUCCAUUUAUCACAGGUUUGUGGAGUCUGGGAUGAAAAUGAUCUCUCUCGUGGUGAGUUAUGAUAGCCUGUUAUUCACCACAAAUCGUUUUUUUCUUGUAGCUUUUCCAGACUAACCACAACCACUUACCACCCAGCUGAAGGUUUUACAUCCUGCUGAGCACAGGUCGUAACAUGCCAAGAGGGAAUCUCUCCUCUGCUUCUGGGGAUUAAGGUCCCAGCGCCCCUGCAGCCAUGUAGCUUAAUCACUAUGGUUCAAUAGGAAAUGGCGCUCUACACGAUAGACCACAGCCACAAAUACACAUUUAGUAUUCUGCUGCAUGCGUGUUGAUAGUAUGCUGUAGGUCUACAUGUCUGACGUCAUGUUUGCAAAGCUAGGAUCCAUUCUGUUCAUCCUCUGUGAAGACGUCUGGAAGACGUCUGGUACGUUACAUACAUCUGUGUAAGGGUGCCAAAAACUCAGUUCUCCGUGCUGGAAUCUGUGAGAAACAAAAUAUUUUGCACUGAUCUCACCCUCAGUGAAGUUUUGAAACACCAAUUACCCAAUAUGAGUUUAGCUACAGGUGCUUUAUUUGAACCCAGCUAACAAUCCCCCACUCUUAUUUAGAGACGGGUUUCAAUCUAAAACUAGUACAGCACAACCCUAACUUCUCCAGAUAUAGCUUGACUACUCUGUGUGUAUGGAUCUGUCUGAGCAUCCAGAGCCCUCAACUCAUUUUACUGUUUGUAAUUAGUCUCUUCUUGAGGGUCACAUUGCACCUAAUGGCUCCCCACCGGUUGAACAGGGGUUCUGUAUAAAUGUAGGCAAUUAAACCAGGCAAUCUCCAACUUCACUUCUGAAAUAGCUCCUCUAACCAACAUACAUACCAACAUAAAGGCCCGAUCUUCACACAUACCAAUGGAGUAAUGAGGUAGCCUUGUCUUUCUGUCUUCCUAUUCACUCCAAAUGGGAACCCGUUACCCAAGCAUGUCCACCAUCUCUCAGUGUCAACAAAAUGCAGCAUGUCAUACAAAUGAACAUUCAUUUUGUCACCAGGAGUAUUCCUAAUAGGGUCAUUACUGGUGCAUGACAGAGGGGCCUCAAUGCCUCUGGUGGCAUAGAUCAUUACUCUACUAGUGUGUGUGUGUGUGUGUGUGUGUGUGUGUGUGUGUGUGUGUGUGUGUGUGUGUGUGUGUGUGUGUGUGUGUGUGUGUGUGUGUGUGUGUGUGUGUGUGUGUGUGUGUGUGUGUGUGUGUGUGUGUGUGCUAUUAUCUUAAUUUCCAAAGUGGCUUGGCUGAUCCUCACAACUGAAAUAGCAUUCACGAACUGAGCAUUGCACUUCACAAAUAUCUUCUAGUAUAAUGUACCUUUGGCAACAGCACGCAUAGCCUUUGGAAUUUCUUUGGCAAACAUGACAAAAUACUGUGUUGUUUGUAAAAUUGCUUAUGUCAGACAUUGACCUUUCAAUUAAAAAAUGACCAGAUGUAGCAUAUAGUUAGUUAGCAUUGUUAGUAUGUGUUACAGGGGUGCCGUGACCUGGAUCUAGAGAGUGGAUCCAGUAAAUUGAGGUCAAAGGGAUGUAGAUUCAAUGGAAGCCUAUGUUAGAACCGUGCAGUGGGUUAGGACUGUACUGUCCCCCUGGACCCAUAAUACUUUGGGUCCAUUGUGGCAGAGGUGGAACGUGUUACAUAAACGGACAUGACCUUCUGACGUGACUCCACAUGUUCCAAAUACCUGUCAACAGGUAAACUUGGCGCACUGACACUCAAAUGAUAUUUAACUCUGUGUGAGUAGGUUAUCAUCACCGGGAGAUUACAGAACAAAGAGCAGCACUAAAUCUCACAUUUAAGACUAUGUGACAUGAAUGGACACUAUUUUUACUCACUUUUUAGUUACGUGUUUGUUAUUUAAAUUAAAUUAUUCUUAAUCUGACAGUAUUUGUCUAUUGUUUUUUUGUAUCUAACAAAAAAAUGGACAUUAAUAAUGACAUGACAACUUUGCUGUUGAGCUUCCUUAUUCAGAAAAGAAAUCACAUUGAAUUUCAUCAAGAUUAAAAGCUGUUUGAACAAUUAAA